AUGGGGACCUGGGCCAGGGCCCUGCUGGGGUCCACCCUGCUGAGCCUGCUGCUCGCAGCUGCCCCGGGAGCUCUGGGCACCAACCCCGGCCUCAUCACCAGGAUCACAGACAAAGGCCUGGAGUACGCGGCCAGGGAGGGGCUGCUGGCUCUGCAGAGAAAGCUCCUUGGAGUCACGCUGCCGGAUUUCGAUGGGGACUUCAGGAUCAAACAUUUGGGGCGUGCACAGUACAAGUUCUACAGUCUGGAAAUCCCCAGAUUCGAGCUGCUCCGUGGCACCCUGAGGCCCCUCCCCGGCCAGGGCCUGAGUCUCGACAUCUCCGACGCCUACAUCCACGUGCGGGGCAGCUGGAAGGUGCGCAAGGCGUUCCUGAGACUGAAGAACUCCUUUGACCUGUAUGUCAAGGGCCUCACCAUUUCCGUCCACCUCGUGUUGGGCAGCGAGCCCUCCGGGAGGCCCACGGUCACCACCUCCAGCUGCAGCAGCGACAUCCAGAACGUGGAGUUGGACAUAGAGGGGGACCUGGAGGAGCUGCUGAACCUCCUCCAAAGCCAGAUCGAUGCCAGGCUGCGCGAAGUGCUGGAGAGCAAGAUUUGCAGGCAGAUUGAGGAAGCCGUGACGGCCCACCUGCAGCCUUAUCUACAGACACUGCCAGUCACAACGCAGAUCGACAGCUUUGCCGGCAUUGACUACAGCUUGAUGGAGGCCCCCCGGGCAACAGCUGGGAUGUUGGAUGUGAUGUUUAAGGGUGAAAUUUUCCCUCUGGAUCACCGCAGCCCAGUGGACUUCCUUGCUCCAGCCAUGAACCUCCCCGAGGCUCACAGCCGAAUGGUCUACUUUGCCAUCUCCGAUUACGUCUUCAACACCGCCAGCCUGGCCUACCACAAGUCAGGGUACUGGAACUUCUCCAUCACAGACGCCAUGGUUCCGGCCGACUCCAACAUCCGGCUGACCACCAAGUCCUUCCGCGCCUUCGUCCCCCGGCUGGCCAAGCUCUACCCCAACAUGAACUUGGAGCUCCAAGGGUCAGUGGCCUCGGCCCCACUCGUGAACCUCAGCCCCGAGAAUCUGUUCGCGGCACCCCAGAUGGAUAUUGAGGCCUUCGUGGUCCUGCCCAGCUCUGCCAGGGAGCCUGUCUUCCGGCUGGGUGUGGCCACUAAUGUGUCUGCCACACUGACCUUGAACACCAGCAAGAUCACUGGGUUCCUGAAGCCGGGAAGGCUACAGGUGGAACUGAAAGAAUCCAAAGUCGGAGGAUUCAAUGUGGAGCUGUUGGAAGCUCUCCUCAACUACUACAUUCUCAACAACCUCUACCCCAAGGUCAAUGAGAAGUUGGCCCACGGCCUCCCGCUCCCUCUGCUGAGGCACAUUCAGCUCUACGACCUGCUUCUCCAGACCCACGAGAACUUCCUGCUCGUGGGCGCCAACAUCCAGUACAGGAGAGUUUGA